GCUGCGCCUCCACUUUCCACGCGAGGACGUUCGCACAAGCCUGUAUGAAAGAGACGGAGCUUUGUGCCCUAAACUAAAAAAAAAAACACCCGAACCCGACUCAUGCAUUAAAACAACGAAUUGUCUGUGAGAGGCCAGUAGAGGACCGUCUGUCUAGAGAAGGAUGAUGGAGUUCCCGCAGCAGCCUCAGCAGCAAAGACCGGCGGGGGACGUAAAGAUCAUCUACCCACUGGGUGUCAAAGAGAUCACUGAUAAAAUCAGCAAUGAUGAAGUCGUCAAACGACUCAAGCUGGUGGUCAAGACAUAUAUGGACAUGGAUCAAGACUCAGAGGAGGAAAAGCAGCAGUACUUAGCUUUGGCUCUUCACUUGGCCUCUGAGUUUUUCCUGCGAAACCCCAACAAGGAUGUACGGUUACUUGUGGCCUGCUGUCUUGCUGACAUCUUCAGGAUUUAUGCUCCAGAGGCCCCAUACACCUCACAUGACAAGCUCAAGGAAAUUUUUCUCUUCAUUACGCGGCAGUUGAAGGGAUUAGAGGAUACCAAGAGCCCUCAGUUCAACAGAUAUUUUUACUUACUAGAGAACCUGGCAUGGGUGAAGUCCUACAACAUCUGUUUUGAAUUGGAGGACUGUAAUGAGAUCUUCAUCCAGCUCUUCAAAACCCUCUUUUCUGUCAUCAAUAACAGCCAUAAUCAGAAGGUGCAGAUGCACAUGUUGGACCUGAUGAGUUCCAUCAUCAUGGAGGGAGAUGGAGUGACGCAGGAGCUGCUGGACACAAUCCUCAUCAACCUCAUCCCUGCUCACAAAAACUUGAAUAAGCAGGCAUAUGACCUGGCCAAGACUCUUCUGAAGAGAACGGUUCAGACCAUCGAAACCUGCAUUGCCUCAUUCUUUAAUCAGGUGUUGGUGAUGGGAAAGUCCUCCGUGAGUGAUCUGUCUGAGCAUGUAUUUGACCUCAUUCAGGAGCUCUUUGCAAUCGACCCUCUGCUCCUUGUCUCUGUGAUGCCACAACUUGAGUUCAAAUUGAAGAGUAAUGAUGGAGAGGAGAGGUUGGCUGUGGUGAAACUGUUGGCUAAACUCUUUGGAGCAAAAGACUCUGAACUGGCCACUCAGAAUCGCCCACUCUGGCAGUGCUUUCUGGGAAGAUUCAAUGACAUCCAUGUUCCUGUGAGACUGGAGUGUGUAAAGUUUGCUAGCCACUGCCUGAUGAACCACCCAGACCUUGCCAAGGAUCUUACUGAUUUUCUGAAGGUGAGAUCACAUGACCCAGAGGAGGCAAUCAGGCAUGAUGUCAUUGUGACCAUCAUCAACGCAGGGAAGAAAGAUCUGAACCUGGUGAAUGAUCAACUGUUGGGGUUUGUCAGAGAGAGGAUGUUGGACAAGAGGUGGCGUGUCCGUAAAGAAGCAAUGAUGGGGUUGGCUCAGCUUUAUAAGAAGUACUGUCUGCACCAUGAGGCCGGGAAGGAGUCCGCAUUGAAAAUCAGCUGGAUCAAAGACAAGCUCUUACACAUCUACUACCAGAACAGCAUAGAUGACAAGUUGCUGGUGGAAAAGAUCUUUGCACAGUACAUGGUUCCUCACAGUCUGGAGACUGAGGAGAAGAUGAAGUGUCUGUACUACCUUUAUGCCUGCCUGGACACUAACGCAGUCAAAGCACUGAAUGAAAUGUGGAAGUGUCAGAAUAUGCUGAGAGGGCUUGUUCGAGAACUGCUGGACUUACACAAAUUGCCUACAUCUGAAGCAAACACCACAGCCAUGUUUGGAAAACUUAUGACCAUCGCUAAGAAUCUCCCAGAUCCAGGUAAAGCUCAGGAUUUUAUGAAGAAGUUUAAUCAGGUUCUGGGUGAAGAUGAGAAACUCCGUCUUCAGCUUGAGCAGCUCAUCAGCCCUACCUGCUCAUGUAAACAGGCUGAACAGUGUGUGAGGGAAAUCACACGGAAGCUGACAUUCCCCAAGCAGCCCACAAACCCAUUCCUGGAGAUGGUGAAAUUUCUGCUGGAGAGAAUCGCACCGGUGCACAUCGACUCUGAGGCUAUCAGCGCCCUGGUUAAGCUGUUAAAUAAGUCAAUUGAGGGCACUGCUGAUGAUGAAGAUGAGGGAGUAACUCCUGAUACUGCCAUUCGUGCUGGACUUGAGCUACUCAAGAUUUUGUCAUUUACUCACCCCACUGCGUUCCACUCAGCUGAGACAUACGAGUCUUUGCUGCAGUGUCUGAGGAUGGAGGACGAUAAAGUGGCAGAAGCAGCAAUACAGAUCUUCAGAAACACAGGACAAAAGAUUGAGACAGAACUGCCACAGAUUCGCUCGACUCUAAUUCCCAUACUACAUCAGAAGGCAAAACGAGGCACCCCCCACCAGGCCAAACAGGCGGUCCACUGCAUCCAUGUCAUCUUUCACAACAAAGAGGUCCAGUUAGCUCAAAUAUUUGAGCCGUUGUCUCGCAGUCUGAAUGCAGACGUGCCUGAACAGCUCAUCACUCCGCUUGUCUCUCUUGGACACAUUUCUAUGCUGGCCCCGGAUCAGUUUGCAUCACCCAUGAAGUCAAUCGUAGCCAAUUUUAUUGUGAAGGACCUUCUGAUGAAUGACAGAUCUGUGGGAAACAAAAAUGGGCGGCUCUGGACAGCUGACGAUGAGGUUUCUCCUGAAGUGCUGGCUAAGGUGCAAGCCAUUAAGUUGUUGGUCCGCUGGUUGCUGGGAAUGAAGAAUAAUCUGUCCAAAUCAGCUAACUCUACUCUCAGACUCCUCUCAGCCAUGCUGGUCAGCGAGGGAGACCUUACAGAGCAGAAAAAGAUCAGCAAGUCUGACAUGUCUCGACUGAGGCUUGCAGCGGGGAGCGCCAUCAUGAAACUGGCACAAGAGCCCUGUUACCAUGACAUCAUCACUCCAGAACAGUUCCAGCUCUGUGGACUCGUCAUUAAUGAUGAGUGUUAUCAGGUGCGCCAGAUCUUUGCUCAGAAGUUGCAUGUUGCUCUGGUGAAGCUGUUGUUGCCACUGGAGUACAUGGCUGUGUUUGCAUUGUGCGCUAAAGACCCAGUGAAAGAGCGCCGUGCUCAUGCCCGACAGUGCCUGCUCAAGAACAUCAGUGUCCGCAGAGAGUACAUCAAACAGAACCCCAUGGCCCAUGAAAAGCUGCUGUCUCUCCUGCCAGAAUAUGUGGUGCCAUACAUGAUCCAUCUUCUAGCUCAUGAUCCAGACCUUACCAAACCACAGGAUUUGGAGCAGCUCAGAGACGUCAAAGAGUGCUUGUGGUUCAUGCUGGAGGUGUUGAUGACAAAGAAUGAGAAUAACAGUCACUCAUUCCUGAGGAAGAUGGUAGAGAACAUCAAACAAACAAAAGAUGCUCAGGCCCCAGAUGACCCAAAGGCAAAUGAGAAACUUUACAUUUUGUGUGAUGUGGCGUUAUUCGUGAUCGCGAACAAGAGCACUUCAUGUCAUCUGGACUCCCCAAAAGAUCCUGUGCUGCCUAGCAAGUUCUUUACCCCACCUGAUAAGGAUUUUAUCAAUGAUAAGGAAUAUUUGUCACCAGAAGCCAAAAUAGUUCUGCAGACAGGAAAAAUCCAGCAACCACCAAAGCAGACAGGCGUGCUGGGGGCAGUGAACAAACCUUUAACGGUAACAGCUCGCCGACCGUACAUUAAAACCCCCACCUCUGACACAGUAAGCAACGCAAGCACCAACUCUCAACCCAGCUCACCUGCAACAAAUAAGAGCAGGGAUGUGAGUUCUGAGGCCUCAGAAACGGGGGCGAGGGAGAAUGAAGAGAACCCUGUUAUCACAAAAGCAGGAGUUAUAAAGAAGGAGGAGACCGCUCAGCCCAGUGGGAAGAAGCGUGCUGCUCCUGCGAGUGACGGCACAGAGAACAGCGUGUCUUCAAACCCCUCAGCAGGGUCACAGCCCCCUGCCAAUAAACCACGACGCGGUCGACCCCCUAAAAAUGCUGCGGGCGUUGCCAUGCCAGAUAAAGAGGCUGGAGCUACGACAGGAGGAGGGGCCGGACGGGGCCGGAAGAGAGCAGCACCUGCCCAGGAUCCUGCCACCGCAGCCUCAGCUGAUUCAAUCAGUGGCAAGACACCAAAACAGCAGAAAGAAGCAGAACCGAAAAGAGCAGCGCCACAGAGACAGAUUGACCUGCAAAGGUAAAGCGUCGGUGUGUGAAGACAAGGACGGUCAGGCAGUAAAGGAUUGAGUGACCCAAUGAAGAGACGCAUCCACUUAAUACAUCAAACGCUCUUCACAAAUCUGAACUGUCAUUACCCCACACCUCAAAACGAAUGAGGAAUGAAUUCUUUAGAUUCAGAUGUUCAAACUUAUAUGUAGAAACACAGACCUGUUUCUCUUCAUUCGUUUUAUUCUUUUUUUGUUUUGUUGAAAUUGUUCGCGUUGCUCUUUGCUUCUCUGUCCGGAGCCAUUUUUAAAAACAAACAUUUGAAAGAAAGAAAAAAAAAAAGUUUUAAUCUGCUCUAAGGAUGCUUAUUAAAUACCUGGAAAGUUUUUUUUACUGUUUAAUCUCCCUCUCCUCUUUUAAUCCUCUAUUAAAUCCAAAUACUGUCCUCAAAUUUCUUUGAUUGCAAGGAUUUAUUGAGGCUCAUGUUUUGUAUUCAGUUAGUUUAACUCUAUAAAUUUAAAGUGCAAAGACUACAAGACUGUAUGAUUAAUAAUGCUGCUAUUUAUUCUGUUGGGUGUACGAGCAUGAAUUCCUCAUACUGUUGCAAGGGGCACCUUGUCGUUGCUACAUUGAGUUUGUUAAAAAUCAAUACUAAAUAUUUAGAAACAUGUUCAAAAUUCAGUGUUCAAAUUGUUUCAAACCUUUAAAUAGAAAAAGCUGUUCAGUUUCAUUUUUCCCCACGUUCAUAUCAAUUCCCAAGCUAUUUUUAACAUUUAAAUUCAUUAAAUGAUAUAUGCAUUUCAAACACGAGUCCACUUAAAUUUGACAACCUACUGAUGUAGAUGUCCUUACAGGUGUAGAGCAGAGAUUCACAGAUAACACUUUAAAAAAAAAAAUCUUUUAUUUUUUUUUAUUUUUUAUUUAUUCAAAAGAAUGACAGUUUCACAAUAAAUAACCAUGCUUGUACGGCUCGAGUAGGUUUUUUUUCUGUCGUGUUUUGUAAAGAAGCUUAAAGUGACUAAAGCCAGAGCCCGUGACCUGCAUUUCUCCUUUGACAGAAGUUUUUGUCCUUUAAUUCACUUCUUCGUGCAAUAUUGAACAAGGUGAUCACUACAGGAAGACAGUCUUUUUGUUUUUGGUUUCAUUUUUGAUUUUCAUACAAAAUAUAAAUCCAGCCAUCGAUGGUGCAUUCUAGAGAUGAACAGUACUUUAUCCCCUCUCCCCCCCCACCCAAAAAAACUCGUCUGUAUGUACAUGAGAAAGGAGGUGUAUGAAAGCAGCUAGCUGUGAAAGUGGGGGCAUUUUGAAAACAGAUGUUAUGUGGGAUGCUAGCAAAUUGAAGUAGAGCACAUAGCAAAGGGAGAAAAGAAACGUUUAACAAUUCAUCCCUGCAAGAAAAGAACAGAACACUAGGUAAAAACAGGUUCACAAAGCAUUGUGUGGCAGUACUCGCUCUUGGCCCGUUUGCUUUGAAGCAUCUUUGUUGACUAGAAAACUCUAGCUGUUUGAUUCAUGCUUGCAACAUCAGUUAAGUGCAAAAUAUGAAAUUAUAUCUGCAGCUUGUGAGUGGAAAUCAGAAUACAAUUUUGGUAUGAUAAGAAACGCACCCCACCUCACUCUCAGAAACCCUUUUAAACCUCCACAUCAACAUACUUUGAUGCCAUACUGAAUGUCUCACCCUACUGACUGUUCUACAAAAAAGCCAAUCAUUUUAAGAAAAACUCUUAUGUCUUCACUUUCUCAUCUCUACAUGUACAAAAUGUUUACACUUAAAUGCAAGUUGUUUCAUACAAUACAUUCUUCAAAAAAGAAAAAAAAAAACGAGGCAACUCAAGGUAUAUCUGUCCGUUAUCAAGUUGCAAACCCCACAGCUGCCUUGAAAACAAAAAGAAAGGGUUUGUGACCACCAAUCCUGCAUCGUCCCCCUUUUCAAAAAGAGGGAAAAUGAAAGAGGGCAAUCUUCCUUUAAUUAAAAAGAAAAAUAACACUUCACCCAGCAAGUCUGAAACUGUGUCUGCACUCACAUAACACCAUGUCAUCUGGCCAUAUCAACUACUACACAGACAGAUUAGUGCAAAGAAAAGCCAAAAGAAACAUUAAAAGAAUCAAAUGAGCAAAUAAAAUCACACAUUUGUUCAUUGUAAGAGAGCGUCAAAUAGAAGGGGUAUUAAUAAUCUCAAGAUUUUAGUUUUUAUAUGCUAAAUAUCCCAUUCUAAUAGGCAUAUCCCAAAACAUUUUUUUAUGGUGUACAGAUUGCAAAAAAAAAAUAACAUUCCUGCUAUUUUGCCUUUUAAAUGUACACAACCUUAAAUAUACUAAUUUACAUGUACUAACAUUGUCUCACAGAUGCAAGUGGGUGUUUCUUUUAGCAUGAAAUGACGGGGAUAGAGGCUUUGUCUUUUUUGGGUUUCUUUAAAAGGGAAGUGGCAGCCUAAAUUUAAGAGGAAAAAUGAUUGUAGCAAGGCAAAAACUGGGAGUGAAAAUGUUGGGAAGAAAGGGAUGUGAACAUUUGCUAAGAGAGACAGAAGAUGACUCCGAGGUCUCGCUGUCUCUUACCCAAACAUUCAGUCUGAACACAACCCA